CUCUUGUGUGUGAGAUCCUGUCCUGACGUGGAGUGCCGGGCUGCCCUGUUCCUUCUGAGCACGCUCAGUUCGUGGUCAUCAGCAGAGUGAUUAGCGUUGAAAGAUGUGUCACAUGACCCGGUGUUAGGGCUUAGAGCGAGGCACCGGGAGCUCCCGCAGCACAACCAUUACAGCCGUGAAGUCCAGCCAGCAGCCAUGGGCAGCACCAAGCAGGAAGCCGGUAAGUCCGACAGGAUGAAGAGGCAGGAAGUGAGGCACAGGUGGACGACAGACGCUAAUCAGAUUAAGAGGCUGGGAAGGAGAUUUAAGAAACUCGACCUGGAUGACUCCGGAUCCCUGAGCGUGGAGGAGUUCAUGUCCCUGCCAGAGCUCCAGCAGAACCCUCUCGUGCAGCGAGUCAUCGACAUAUUCGACACCGACGAAAACGGGGAAGUCGACUUCAGGGAGUUCAUUGAAGGAGUCUUUCAGUUCAGCGUGAAAGGAAACAAGGAGCAGAGGCUGCGUUUUGCCUUUAGGAUCUACGACAUGGACAAAGACGGUUACAUCUCCAAUGGAGAACUCUUCCAGGUCCUAAAGACGAUGGUGGGAAGCAACCUGAAAGACACACAGCUGCAGCAGAUUGUCGACAAAACUAUCAUCGGCGCCGACAAAGACGGAGAUGGCAGAAUCUCCUUCGAGGAGUUCUGUGCGGUGGUGGGAGGAUUGGACAUUCACAAAACGAUGGUUGUGGACAUCUGACAGUUUAUUCUUCGUCCAUUCACAGGAGAAGUCAUCCAGCUGUUCCUGCCCCUCUGUUAGCUCCACCUGUUUGUUUGAUCCAUCCUUCAGGAUCUGAAGGUGUUUGUAUUUAUUUCAGUGAGCUGACAGACUUACAGUUUGGUCCAUAAAUAUUUGGAUAGAGACAAAUUUUCUAAUGUUGUUUCUGUACGUUACCACAAUGAAUUUGAAGUGAAACAACUCUGAUGCAGGUGAAGUGCAGACUUUCAGCUUUAAUUCAGUGGGUUGGACAAAAUGACCGCAUAAAAAUAUGAGAAACGAAAGUAUUUUUUAACACAAUGCCUUCAUUUCAGGCUCAAACGUAUUUGGAAAAAUUAAAUAACUGAAAAUAAAUUGAUAAUUUCUAUUACUUUAUUCAAAACCCUUUGCUGGCAAAGACCUUAAGUCUUGAAGUCACGGACACCACCAGAUGCUGGCUUUCCUACUUUUGACGCUCUCCCAGCCUUUACUGCACCAGCUUUCAGCUGCUGUUUGCUUUUGGGCCUUUCUGUCCUAUGUUUAGUCUUCAACAAGUGAAAUGCCCAGUUGGGUUAAGAUCAGGUGACUGACUUGGCCAUUUAAGAAUAUUCUAGUUUAGCUGGAUGUGAGCAGACAGUCUGUGUCUGAACAGCUCAGAAUUCACUCAGCUGCUUCAGUCCUGUGUCACAUCAUCAGGAAACACGAGUGUUUUUCCUGUGCUGGCUUCUCUUAGGUGUUUGUUUUUUUUUUUUUUAGCAAAGUCCUAUCUAGCCUUUCUAUUCUUGAGGUUUAUGAGUGUCCUGCACCUUGCAGUGAACUGUCUGUAUUUACUUUCAUGCAGUCUUCUCUCUAUGGUAGAUUUGGAUAUCGGUACACCUCCUGGAGAGUGUUGUUCACUUGGUUGGCUUCACCAUGGAAUGAUUUUGCGAUCAUCCACCACUGUUGUCUUCUGUGGAUGUUCAGGUGCUGAGUUCACCAGUGCCUUCUUUCUUUCUCAGGAUGUGCCAAAGAUUUUGCCACUCUGAAUAUUGUAGGAAGUUCUUGGAUAGUUUUUUUUUCUGUUUUCACAGCUUAAGGAUGGCUUGUUUCACCUGCACGGAGAGCUCAUGUUGUCUGUUCAAAGCAAAAUCUUUCAAAUGCAAGCACCAAAACUCAAAUCAACUCCAGGCCUUUCAAUCUGCUUAACUGAUAAUGACAUAACAAAGAAAUUGCCCACACCUGCACAUCAAGUAGCUUUGAGUUAGUUGUCCAGUUACUUUUGGUCCCUUUAAAAAGAGGUUGGCACAUUUUAGGGAGCUGAAACUCCCAAACCCUUCAUCCCGUUUGAAUGUGGAUACCCUCAAAUGAAAGCUGACAGUCUACACAUUAUGUUCAUGUCCAUGAUAUAACUAUAAUUGGAAUAUGUUUCAGUAAACAGGUAAAAAAACAAAA